GCAUUUAACUCAAAGAAGAAGCCAUUAGCAUUGAUUCCGCUGUGUGUUUACCGCAGUUAGCUUCCAAUGGAAUAAUAUAUCUUUUUAUACGUGACUUUUGUGAAUAAACUCCUCAUAUCAAACCUUUGCGUUAAUUAGUGUAGCGUUAAUUUCAGCUAUGGCUCAUCUGACUGAAAACCCCGCGGAUAAAGACCGGUUCAUCUGCGUCUAUCCCAUCUACAUCAACAGUAAGAAGACGCUUGCUGAGGGACGCAGGAUCCCCAAUGAAAAGGCGGUGGAGAACCCGUCCUGUGCUGAGAUCCGAGACGUGUUGACGGCUGCAGGGAUGAACGUCUACAUGGAGAACAAGAUGCAUCCUAAGGAGUGGAACCGGGACGUCCAGUUCAGAGGCCGGGUCAGAGUUCAGUUGAAGCAGACUGAUGGAAGUCUGUGUCAGGAGAAGUUCAAAUCCCGUAAAGACGUGAUGUUCUACGUUGCUGAGAUGAUUCCCAAACUAAAGACUCGGACUCAGAAGAGUGGAGGAAGUGACAGCAGCUCCCAGCAGGGGGAGGGAGGGAAGAAGAGCAAGAAGAAGAAGAAAUAACCUCCUAAACAUCCGUUCAUCCAUGGAGAGAAAUGAGAGUUGGACUGAACUAAAUCCUGGAAGCCUUCAGGUGUUUGUCUCCUGCAGGAUUCAUUUCUCCUGGAAGUUAAAGAUCUUCUGCAGAUUUCAUCAAUGGAAACGUCUGUUAAAUAUUAUUAGUUCCACCUGGAAGUAGAAACUAGAUGUUUUUCAUCGAGCAAAUUUAAGUUCUUUUGUAAGAGAAGAAGAAGAAAGAAAAGUUUAAAUUUCAGGUGGAAAUUAUUUCGAGUUUUUGCCACAUUGAUCACACCUAAAGACAAAGAUUAAACGUUUCAUUUCGUC